AUAUUUAAAAAAUAAAAAAAAUUAAACUAAAACAGGUAAACAGUACUAAUUUUUAUUAAAAAAUAAAUAAAUAAAGGGAUUAGUUAGCAAUUAUGGGUUUUCCCCUGAAGGAUUGUGAAUGAGAAGAAGCUACCAGCCCGCAUUUCACCAGCCAUAAUAUAUAAAAUCCAUCUGAAACGAGAAACCUGAUUCAAGUCUCUGUGUUUCCAUGGGAGCCCGUUCCAUAACCCAUAUCGCACUGGUUAUGAUCAAUGUUUUUCUUGUCGGAGCAACCAUACUGGAUGCCAGAACACACCAAAGACGAGUGAAAGCAGAUCGGCCCUUACGCCUUGAAAAGGUCUCAUUCUCAUCUGUUGUUUAGUAUUAAUAGUUAGCUUUGACCUUAAAAUGUUCCAUAUUUUGAAUUUAGUUGAGUUACAGUUACUGCAUUCUGUAUGCAUUUCUCGAUUUUUAGCUGCCUGUGGCAAAAGUACAUCUAUUCAUGGAAAAUAGCACAAUGAUAAGAUGGCUUUUGAUUUAGCUGAAAAUACAGCUUUAAAUGGUGAAGAUCCUGAAAGAAGUAUUUAUAUGUCUGGUACAAUCUUUUAGUUCUUUAGUUUUGGUUGCCACAGUAGCCUGCCUGGCAUAUCAUUUUGUAUGAAAUCAGAAAACUUGAGUCUCUGCAUAAUUUUUUGCAUUGAAUGAUUUGUGUUUGUAAAUGCUCUUGCUGCAUAAACUUGUCCCUCGCUUCCAUUAAGUCCAAUGAUGACUGAGCAGGAACAGGAGACUUCUUCAGCUUCUGUAAUGUUAAAUGAUGAUGAAAAGGAUAUUGACAUAAUUGCAACUUAUACUGAUGCUAGUGGAACUCUUCAAGCAACUAGAGUUAAAAUGAAGGACCUUUCUGCUUCAUGGGUUUUGGAAAACCCUGCUGAUGGAGGCAAUGACCAGCAAAAGGGUUUGCAGGUACUGAAACUGAAAGAUUCAUAUCAAGCAGGUAAAACACUUGAGGAGAGUCUUCAGAAUGCUAUGGUUGAUCAUCAGCCAGUAGAAGGUGAAAUUCAGUAUGCUCACGUAGCAUCAAUGAACCCUGUUAAGCUCAGGCGUUGGGCUUUACGGCUGAAAAGGAGGGAUUUGCGUGUUGCAGAACUAAUUAAACAAGAUAAAGAAGCUGACAAGCAGAUACAAGUAGUAUUGGCAGCUGUUAAACAGUCUAAAAAUGCUGAUACUCAUGUCAAGGGAAAGUAUAGUAUAUGGAGGAGAGAUUUUGAAAGUCUAAAUUCUGAUUCUGUGUUGAAGCUUAUGCGGGACCAGAUCAUUAUGGCUAAGACUUACGCAAAUAUUGCAAAAUCUAAGAAUCAAAGUGAUCUUUACAAUUCGCUGAUGGAACAUAUUAGAGGAAGUCUACAUGUUAUUGGAGAAGCAAAUUCUGAUGCUGAGCUACAUCCUAGCUCACUUGAUCGAGCAAAAGCAAUGGGUCAUGUUCUCUCUAUUGCAAAAGAUCAACUUUAUGAUUGUCAUGCAGUUGCAAGGAAACUUCGGGUAAUGCUCCAGUCAACAGAAGAAAAUGUAAGUUCACUGAAGAAAAGGAGUGCCUUCUUGAUUCAAUUAGCUGCAAAAACUGUCCCAAAACCUUUGCAUUGCCUGCCUCUGCAGCUAGCAGCUGACUACUUCCUUCACAGAGAUCAAAACACUAAGGAUAUUAAUAAAGAAAAGCUUGAAGAUCCUUCUCUUUACCAUUAUGCCAUCUUUUCAGAUAAUGUCCUGGCAACAUCUGUGGUUGUGAAUUCUACAGUGCUGCAUGCAAAUGAACCAGAGAAACAUGUUUUUCAUAUCGUAACUGAUAAACUGAAUUUUGCUGCGAUGAAAAGGUGGUUUCUUGUAAAUGCUCCCGAGAAAGCAGCAGUCCAAGUUGAGAACAUUGAUGGUUUCAAGUGGUUAAAUUCCUCCUACUGUUCCGUUCUACGUCAAUUGGAAUCUGCCAGGGUUAAAGAAUAUUAUUUCAAGGCAAAUCAUCCAUCCUCUCUCUCUAUUGGAUCUGACCAUCUCAAAUACAGGAAUCCAAAAUAUUUAUCAAUGCUGAAUCAUCUUAGAUUCUACCUUCCUGAAGUUUAUCCAAAGCUAGAGAAGAUCCUAUUUUUGGAUGAUGAUAUUGUAGUUCAAAAGGAUUUGACUGCUCUAUGGUCUAUUGAUCUGCAAGGAAUGGUGAAUGGUGCAGUGGAUACCUGCAAAGAAAGCUUUCACCGGUUUGAUAAGUAUCUUAACUUCUCUAAUCCGAAAAUAUCUGAGAAUUUCAAUCCAAAUGCUUGUGGUUGGGCAUUUGGCAUGAAUAUCUUUGAUUUGAAGGAAUGGAGGAAGCGAAACAUCACUGGCAUUUAUCAUCAUUGGCAAGAUUUGAAUGAGGAUAGAACUCUUUGGAAACUUGGCACGUUGCCACCAGGACUGAUUACCUUCUAUAACCUAACCUUUCCGCUCGAUCGAAACUGGCAUGUUCUGGGACUUGGGUAUGAUCCAGCCUUAAACCACACAGAGAUAGAGAAUGCAGCUGUUAUCCAUUACAAUGGAAAUUACAAACCAUGGUUAGAUUUGGCUGUCACCAAGUACAAGUCAUACUGGUCUAAAUAUGUAAUGUUUAAUAACUACUAUCUUCAACUCUGCAACAUUAGUGAAUAGCACCUCUUUUCUGUUCUUCUUCUUUUCCCCGUCUCAAACAUUCACACUUGUAAUCCUUGACGAUAUUUGAGAAAUAGAAAAGAGUUUAAUGCUCUGUUGCCCUUAUGUGAUUGGAUCAUAUUUGCAAUUUGUGUUUUUGUUAAUCUUUGUUCCCGUCUAGCCAUUUUACCUU